AGUGCAACUUGGGAAGGAUGGGAAGAAAGAAAGUAGGGUAGUUUGAGAGAUGACAUCAUUCCUCAUUUGAAUAAAUCCCAGCCGGGGUAGUGAUUGGUCGUGAGAUGGAGAAAGUCGAGUUACUUGGCUAUUCAUCCCUUUCAAUUUCGCCCCCGCGCGCAAUGCCGUGGUAAAACCCUCUCUGCCUGUCCAUCCAUCCUGCCCAGUAGAGAGUGUGUGCGUGGACUGCAAAUCGCUUUUCCUUUCUUUGGAAGGGACGCGCAUCACUUCUGGAAACUGCGGUCGACAGAAGUUUCUUGGUAAUCUGGCUGCUGUAUUUUGGCCUGUUUCUCAUCUUGUUCGGUUUCAUUUUGUAAUUUGUUACACUUUGUAUUCGAGGAUACUGAAAGGAUUGGGAGGAUAUUGUCAAACACUGGGCGUAGCUGGAGAUCAAGCUAUAGCUAGCUACACUGCGUUGAUGGCAGAGAAAAGCAGAGCACCAGUGUGGGACUAUUACAUGGAGUUGGCACCAGGGAAAGCAAGGUGUCUUAUUUGUGAUAAAGAUAUCAGACUCCACCAUCGCCUGAGUGCAGUUACCAUCUUCAGUCUCAAGCUCUCCAGCCCUCCUCUGUAGAGACGGACAGCCAGGACUGAGGGGAGAUGAAACCGGAUGGGGUUGCCACGGCAGCGAUGGAGCCAAUGGAAGCACUGGAUGCCGAUCCGGUAAACGAGUCAGUUGCGAUGGGAGAGGAACCUAAUCAGGCUGCGCCGGCACCACACACUGAGGGAGUUGGCCAGCAGGGAGAGAUGGGGCAGGGUGAGCCUCAACCAGAGCCAGCCCAGGUGGCACCCACCAAGACGGGGAACAGCAAGGCUGCAGCAGACCCAAAAGCCAAGACCAAGGCCCCCGCUGCUAAGACGAAGCCUGGGACCACAAUUAAGACCACGACCGGACCAGGGUCUCGACCCAACACCGCCCAGAGCCGACUGACCAAUGGGGUUUCCAAGCCACAUGCCAACGGAGUGGCCAAGAAGACCACCGCUGGUGCCCCAGAGAAGACCACGCCCAAGAGGCCCGUAGGCACAGCCGUUGCCCCUACCACUAAGACCACCGCCAAGGUUGGUGAGAAGAAGGCAGCGGGCACCACCCGCCCUGCCUCGGCUCCUGCUGCCACCAACGGGGUGAAGGCCACCACAGGAACAGCAGCAAAGAAGACACCUGCGGCGCCAACUAAUGGUGUCAAAGCCACCACCACCGCUGCUAAGAAGCCCACAGCUCCCCGGCCUGUCUCUGCAGCUACCACCAAGCCCAGCACUGCCGCUGCUCCCAAGCCUGAUAGGCCCCCUGUUUCCAAGACAACCAGGCCUGCCACUGCUGCUCCAGGAUCUCGCCCUGCCUCUGCUGCAGCCAGCACAGCCACAGCCAAGAGCUCCACAUCCACAGCCAAGCCUGGCACCCCCACGGCUAAAACCACCUCCACCACUCCCAGACCAGCCUCUGCCAAAGCCGGCUCUACAACACCCUCUGCUGGACGGAUCCCAACAUCACAGCCCUCAAAAACCGCAACUCCCAUCAAGAAAGAUGUUACCAAAUCAGCCACCAAGAAGCCUGCAGCGGCUCCUCUCACUCGCACCUCACCAGCCAAGACCACCAAACCUGAGACUCCUAAAUCAGCCUCCUCAUCCAAGCCAGACUCCACCCCCAAGAAGCUGGCUGCCAGCAGCAAGGCCGCAGACACCAAGAAGACGCCAAGCAAGCCCACGCCUUCAAAGGAUGUCAGUGCUGGCCCCAAGACCCCUAGUAGCAAGCCAGCAGGGAAGGCUUCCACCCCUAAGAAGACUGUGGGCAGCAACACUCCCAUGGCAGUGAAGCGUGGCCCCAAGCCCACGAUGGCGGCAGAGCCCGCGACUAAAGAGGGUGAGACCCAGGACGCCGCUGUUGCUGCCACCAUAUCUGCAGCUGCCUUGGCUGCUGUGGUCUCCAUGGCAACCUCGGAAGAAGCAGUGGUGGCUGUGGUCCCAGAGGAGAAGGAGACUGUGCCCCUUCAGGCCAGCCAGCCAGAGGAGGCCCCAGAGGCCAUUCUCUCUCAGCUGUCAGCUCAGCUGGACCUGGUCCCCCUGGAAGAGCCAGCAGACACAGUGUCUCCCCUGGGCACCACGGUCUUGUCUCCUCCAUGCUCCCCCACUGGGCCCAUGUCCCCGGUCAGGGAGCCCCAGAAUGCCUCUGCUCUGCUGGACAUGCACGUCCAGCCAGAACCCAGUUCCCAGAACCAGUCUGCCAUGGCUCCACAGAGCCCGGUCCAGGAGGAGGAGAUAUUCCAGGCAGACUGCUGGGCCCAGAACCAGUCUGCCAUGGCUCCACAGAGCCCGGUCCAGGAGGAGGUGAAGGUCCAGCCAGAUGAGCAGCAGGAGGACCUUCUCAUGCCCUCCUCUUCAGCCCCUCCUGCAUUCAGCAUAAUGUCUCAGCCCAUGGAUGAGUUCACCUCGGAGGUCCUGGUCUCUCCCUCUCAGGACCAGGAAGAGGCAGUGGAGAAGGCAGAUGAGGAGAUCAACGAAGAUGAUGACGAUGAGGAGGAAGAGGAGAGGACAGUGGGCAAGCCGACAUCACUGUUGGACAUGAGUAGCUCUCAGCCCUCAGAGGAGGCCAAGCCUGCAGGCUUCAGUGGUGCCACCGGUUGGCAUCGGGAUGAUGUCUUGUCAGGGAUGGAUUCUGAGGAUGUGAGCAGUAUGAGCAGCCGCCUGCAGGGGGCGUCAGAGUUGAGCAGCACCCAGCAUACGGGCCUGCUGCAAGGUACCCAGAGCUCCGACGCCCUGGUAGACUCCAGCCUCAAGGGAGAAGGCUCCCCCGAUGUGGAGACACUGCUCAACGAGGAUAAUGAAGAUGAGGAGGAUAGGAAAGUGUGCAAGCCGACAUCACUGUUGGACAUGAGUAGCUCUCAGCCCUCAGAGGAGGCCAAGCCUGCAGGCUUCAGUGGUUCCACCGGUUGGCAUGGGGAUGACCUUUUGUCAAGGAUGGACUCUGAGGAUGUGAGCAGCCGCCUGCAGGGGUCAUCGGAGAUUAGCAGCACCCAGCAUACGGGCCUGCUGCAGGGUACCCAGAGCUCCGACGCCCUGGUAGACUCCAGCCUCAAGGGCUCCGAGGGAGAAGGGGACUUCAUGGGCUCCCCCAAUGUGGAGACCCUGUCCAACGAUGAGGAGGAAGAUGAAGAGGAAUAUGAGGAUAGGAAAGUGUGCAAGCCGACAUCACUGUUUGACAUGGGUAGCUCUCAGCCCUCAGAGGAGGCUAAGCCUGCAGGCUUCAGUGGUUCCACCGGUUGGCAUGGGGAUGACCGUUUGUCAAGGAUGGACUCUGAGGAUGUGAGCAGCCGCCUGCAGGGGUCAUCGGUGAUUAGCAGCACCCAGCAUACGGGCCUGCUGCAGGGUACCCAGAGCUCCGACGCCCUGGUAGACUCCAGCCUCAAGGGCUCCGAGGGAGAAGGGGACUUCAUGGGCUCCCCCAAUGUGGAGACCCUGUCCAACGAUGAGGAGGAAGAUGAAGAGGAAUAUGAGGAUAGGAAAGUGUGCAAGCCGACAUCACUGUUUGACAUGGGUAGCUCUCAGCCCUCAGAGGAGGCUAAGCCUGCAGGCUUCAGUGGUUCCACCGGUUGGCAUGGGGAUGACCGUUUGUCAGGGAUGGACUCUGAGGAUGUGAGCAGCUGCCUUCAGGGGUCAGCAGAGAUUAGCAGCACCCAUCAUAGGGGCCUGCUGCAGGGUGAGGAGAUCAACGGAGAUGAUGAGGAGGAAGAGGAGAGGACAGUCCUGGUAGACUCCGGCCUCAAGGGCUCCGAGGGAGAAGGGGCCUUCAUGGGCUCCCCCAAUGUGGAGACCCUGUCCAACGAGGAAGAGGAUAGGAAAGUGUGCAAGCCGACAUCACUGUUUGACAUGAGUAGCUCUCAGCCCUCAGAGGAGGCCAAGCCUGCAGGCUUCAGUGGUUCCACCGGUUGGCAUGGGAAUGACCUUUUGUCAGGGAUGGACUCUGAGGAUGUGAGCAGCCGCCUGCAGGGGUCAUCGGAGAUUAGCAGCACCCAGCAUACGGGCCUGCUGCAGGGUACCCAGAGCUCCGACGCCCUGGUAGACUCCAGCCUCAAGGGCUCCGAGGGAGAAGGGGCCUUCACGGGUUCCACCAAUGUGGAGACUCUGUCCAACGAUGAGGAGCGAGUUGAUGAUAUGGAUGUGAGCUCAGAGCGGGCAGUGGACCACCAGAACGUGUGUCAGCAAGAGGAUGAGGAGGAUGAUGAUGAUGUGGAGAUGCCCAGCGAAGGGGUGACGGAGAGUGGACUGGAGAGCUGUGGGAACGCAGAUGAGGAUGACUACACAGAGGACCGUUUGGAUAACCUCAACCGUUCAACCGUCCCACCUUCCUCAGCCUGGGGUCAGACAAACCCCUUCACUGACCCCUGGGCCCAGCCCCACCUCUCCUCCCCCCACACUGCCUCUAGCCCCCUGUCUGACCACGGGGCUGACGGCCCUGAGAGGCCCACCCAGUCCUCUGCCCAGGCCUGGUUGGAUCUCAGUGCCCCCUCUCUGAUGCUCCAUUCAGAGCAGCCCUCAGAGCCCCAGACUGCCCCUGAGGAGAUGGAGAGCUUUUCCCCAGUGGAGGCCUCUGCCCCCCCAGGCCCCCCUGCUGUGGGCAUGUCUCAGUCCAGCACCCUGAGUGGCACGGCCCUGGCCGUCCACAGCAGCAGUGAAACCAGCACUCCCGAGGAGCUCCGUGACUAUGACAGCAGCUCCGGGGUGGAGUCACGCUCUGACAAGCAGCAGACUCCCGUGCCAUCCAAUGUGCAGCCUGACCUGGAGCAGGACUUGGGCAUCCAUCUGGAGCGAGGUGACGAGGAGGAGGAGGCUGAGACGCUCCCUGCUGACGAGGUCCUGGGAGCAGGCCCUCCUACUGCCCCCGCCUCUGCCCCCUCUUCCCCCUCCACCUCGGGAGACGAGGCCAGCGACACGGAGGGUGAGAUGCAGAUCAAUGACCCAGAUGUUCCCGUCACCAUGGAUGACAGCGCUGAGUUCGACAGUCCACCGUCCGCCCGUAUCCUGCCUGCCCUGGAAGAGGAUGAGGAGGUGGUGGAGGCGCCGGCCGGAGGAGAGGAGGAGGACGGGGGUGGCGGCACACCCCAGUCUGCGAACUCAGUGGCGUCUUACGGCUUCGACUGCACCAUGUCCAACUCCAACGCCCACUCCACUGCCGAGAGCUGCGGUAAGAGUCCCGGCAUCUUCUCCCUGGAGAACGAGGACCAGUUGCCCGAGGAGGCCAAGGACCCCUCCCUCAUCAAGGAGCUGACCCUGCCAGCAGCGGCCGCCCAGUCAGAGGAGCUGCUGGGAGGCCCUGUAGACCUGCUGCCCCUGGGCCAGCCUGGGGACCAACACCAUUACAUGCUGGGGGGGAAGAUGGAUGCUGACGACCUGGAGGACACCCUCUGCCUGGGGCCCCAGCAUGCCGGGGAGGCCAGCGAGGGCCAGCCACCCUACUACUCUGCUAUAUGCGAUAAGACUGAUAGCUUUCUGGCAGGUAACGUAUAAGUCCCUACCCCUGGAAUGCACCUUCUUCCCCCCGCCCCCCCCCUUGUUGUUCUUAGUUUUUCUCUCGAGGUGGGUUAGAUGGUUUAGAAAAACAAGCAAAUGAUGGUAGGAAACAAAAGAAGCAAGGGGAACGAAAGACUGUAGAUCAGUGAAGCCUCCCUCUUUCAUACUACUAUUAUGGUUAUGAAUGUAUGGCACUACUUUAUAUGUACACUAGCUACCAUUUUCUAUUAGAAUGUUCUUUUUAAGUAACACUGCGUACUCUGUAACCCUUGAGGGGGCAUUGACUGACUGGUCCGUUGGGACAAAGCUCUUAAAAGAAAAAGAGUAAUGGACUCUACCUACAUGUGUAUUUAUCCUACUGUUUUUACCAAACAAAUGUCAGUUCUUUUGUUUUUGUACUUGUUUUGUUGGAACCCGGUCCUCCCUCCCCUAUGUACACGCUCCAUUUGAUCCUGCACCGUAGAGAUAUCCUACUCUCUUUUUUUACAAGUUUGUCUUGUUUUCAACACCAUUUUAGUAUUGAAUAAAAGACUAGAUAUUUAACAUGGCUUUCCUCCCCUUAUAGUUUUGUUGAGGUCGGUAUGGGAGUGUUCAAUUUGAAGUUUGUCUAGUUUUAAUUUGCGCUACAGGAAGUUUGCCUCUCCCUGCAUAGAUUAUCAUGGCAAGUAAAGUUGUCAUGUACAGUGUUUUUUGAGGCAUCUGUUUUAAGUGUUCAUGCCUCUUAGUUGAUCAUUUGUGCUUCAGAACCAACUAACAACUAUUUCUGGGGGAAAAACGUGCAUUCCUCUGCAUUUUAGAAUGCUUUUCUCACUGAAACGCUUUUAGUGAUAUUGCAUAUUCCAACUUGCAUGUACUAACAUUGAAAUUGUAUCUGAUUAAACCAUUAUACAGUAGGGAUGUUCAUAAAUGAAUGGUUCACGCUAAGUAGGUUUUUCAAAAUUCCAUUAAACAUCAUUGCAAGGCA